AUGGUUGGAUUUAAGCCUACAGAUGUGCCCCCAACAGCCACCAUCAAGUUCAUUGGGGCUGGCACUGCUGCCUGCAUCGCUGACCUCAUCACCUUCCCCCUGGACACAGCCAAAGUCCAGCUGCAGAUACAAGGGGGGGGGGGGGCUUCCUCUGCCACUGCCCAGUAUCGGGGUGUCUUGGGCGCCAUUCUGACCAUGGUGAACACUGAGGGCCCUGGCAGCCUGUACAAUGGGCUGGUGGCUGGCUUGCAGUGCCAGAUGAGUUUUGCCUCUGUCCACAUUGGCCUCUAUGACUCUGUUAAGCAGUUCUACACCAAGGGAUCUGAGCGAACUUCACCCACUGUUGUCUGCAAUGCUAUUGUCAACUGUGCUGAGCUGGUGACAUACAAUCUCAUCAAAGAUGCCCUCCUGAAGGCCCACUUCAUGCUUCCAUGCCAUUUCACAUCAGCCUUUGGGGCUGGCUUCUGCACCACGAUCAUUGCCUCCCCUGUGGAUGUGGUCAAGACAAGAUACAUGAACUCUGCCUCGGGCCAGUAUGCUAGUGCUGGCCACUGUGCCCUCACCAUGCUCUGGAAGGAUCGACCCCAAGCCUUCUACAAAGGGUUCAUGGCUUCCUUCCUCCACUUGGGAUCCUGGAAUGUAGUGAUGUUUGUCACCUACAAGCAACUGAAAUGGGCCCUGAUGGCCACUCGCACUUCCCGGGAAGCUCCUUUCUGA